AUGGUGCCUACCGCCUCUGGCUACCCCAACUGGCUACGGGACGGCGACCUUCGAGCUAAGUCCGAGAAGGCCGCGGGUGACCGCGAGCCUGUGCAGGCGGCGGAGCGCUCGUUCCUCGAGCGCACCGCGUCGCGGAAGGAGAAGCCGACGGAGGAGCAGAAGGAAGCUCGGGCCGCGGCUCGCAGGGCCAAAAAGGCCCGGCAGAAGAAGAACAAGGCGGAGAAGGCUGCGGCGGCGGCGGCGAGCAAGGCCGAGCGUGCGGACUACCCGCACGCGCAGCUACGCGAGAACGUCGAGUUCGUGAUGGAGGGCCUGGAGGCUGCGGCGCAGGCGGCGCGCAACCCCAGCGGGUCCAAUAUUCAGGUCGCCUACUCGCUCCCUCCCGAGGGGGGCAGCGGGUUCGGCGACCUGGUGUACGCCACGGUCCCUCUGGGCUCCGUGGCGACGAAGGUCGCCCGGGACUGGCUCGCAAACGAGCUCUACGAGCCGUCCCGGCGCGGCAAAAUCGAUGCGGCCUGCAGGGACCGAAAGGUCGCCGACCUGAUCACGGCUGCCGGCGCCUCGGCGCCGGCCGACGCCGUGUUCGGCGGCAGGUUCGCGACGGGCGAGGCGCCCCGCCCGACGACCCCCGCCUCCGAGGCGGACGAGGGCGACGGCGUCGGCGGCGAUGGCGGGACUUGA